CGCCGCCCGUUUCCGGCGUGCGAGCAGCCGAGGCCACCUGUCUUCCCUGUCUUCUCUGCCAGGUCUUUGGUCUCUUGCCGCACGGCCACACCGUCCCCCGAGGGGUGUGUUCCCCGCCCUUGCUGUCCCGUUGCGGCGACCCGACGGGGCCCGCGAAGGGCCACGUGGCGCCGGUGAGACGGCUCCAGCCGGUCCCGGGGUCCCCCGCGUGCCCAGCCUGGCAACCUGGCGCCCUCCGCUGCUCGCGGCCCGCCGGGGGGCCACCGACUCCCCCACGGGCGAGCGUGGCCUUCGAGGGCAUGUGGUUCGGGCCCAGCGCUUUCGGUUCUCAGAGGAGCCGGGCCUGGGGGCUGAGGGGACGGUGCUGGAGGUCAGCGUCCCGCAGGUCCUGCACCUCCAGUACGGAAUGUAUGUUUGGCCCUGUGCGGUGGUCCUGGCUCAGUACCUGUGGUUUCACAGAAGAUCUCUGCCAGGCAAGGCUGUCUUAGAGAUUGGGGCCGGAGUGAGCCUUCCAGGAAUCGUGGCUGCAAAAUGUGGCGCCGAGGUAAUACUGUCCGACAGUUCAGAGCUGCCUCACUGCCUAGAAAUGUGCCGUCAGAGCCGGGAAAUGAACAACCUGCCACGGGUGCGUGUUGUAGGACUAACGUGGGGCCACGUAUGUCCGGAUCUCCUGGCUCUGCCACCACAAGACAUCAUUCUUGCAUCUGAUGUGUUCUUUGAACCAGAAGACUUUGAAGACAUCUUAACUACAGUGUACUUUUUGAUGCAAAAGAACCCCAAGGUCCAACUGUGGUCUACUUACCAGGUAAGAAGUGCUGACUGGUCACUUGAAGCUUUGCUCUACAAGUGGGAUAUGAAAUGUGUCCACAUUCCUCUGGAGUCUUUUGGUGCAGACAAGGAAGAUAUAGCAGAAUCUGCCCUCCCAGGAAGACAUACUGUUGAAAUGCUGGUCAUCUCCUUUGCAAAAAAGGACAGUCUCUGAAUCAUACCUACAUACAGGCUGUUCUGGGGCAAUGUCAACACUGAUUUGCAACCUAUCGUGCCAAUUAGAACUCAGACCCUUUUAGCUUCUUGGGAGUGAGUACAAGCACUGGAUUUGAAGAUGGUCAGAUCUGUCGGCCUUAAAAGAUUGUGGUGGGUCACCUGGACAACACUCGUGGGUUACAAAGCCAUGAAAACAAAAAUAAACACACCUGUAAGAGAAA